CAAACAAAACAAAACAAAACAAACAAAAAAAGCAGUGGCUCUAGUCAGCCAGAUAGAAACGACUUGGGGUGCAGGCUCUAAGGUACGCAGCUGCCCAGAAGCCUGGCUGGUAGAUGGAGAUGUGAACGGGGCACAGGGCUCUCUAGGUGAGCAGGAGGCAGCAAAAAUGACACUUCCAGGGGGUCUACGUGGGAGGAAGAUGGGGCCAGGAGGAGGGCACUUCAGGUCAGACUGAGGGAGAAUGUGCCAUCCCGAGGAGACUGCUGAUGUAAUUAUGAAAGUCUAUGUCCUAGUUCCUGUAACACUGCCCUGGUGUACAACCUCGAGCCACUGCAGACUGCACGUGUGAGGACCCCUGCCUGCCCUGUCUGGCUUCUCUGAACCUAAUAAGGGAGAGGAUACAUAUGGAAAAAGAACACAGAAGAGAAAGACAAAAAAAAGCACCAAGGUCCAUGUUCAGAUAGCCCUGGUAAUUUUAACUUGCAGCUCACCCAAGAAGAGCUUAACGGUCGCGAGAGUAUAUAAGAAGCCCCCACCCGACCCUGCCCAGCACGCAGCACCCAAGGGAGGCUGGAAGCAGAAUGCGCGUGCCCAGUACAGCGCUAUUCAGUCCGCAGGCUUUUUGAGGGUUUCAACUUCAAAGAAAGGUCGGCUUCGGGGCGGACUUUGCUUCAGUCCCAGGUCUCGGGAGAAGGCGGGGAGACAGACUGGGACACCGAGCAUGCACAAGGGGAGGGAUCUUGAAAUAGGCGGAAAGCGAGAAUGCUCCCCUCCGGACCCGGUUUGCCAGGCGAAGUGAGAAGCACUGAGGCCUGAGGAAGCUCCACGCGCGCGCAAAGGGCCACUGGGGUGGCGAUGGUUGUGAGAACGCUGCUGCCCCGCCCGUGCCGAAAGGGAAACCCCAGGGGAGGCGGAGGCCAGCGGGGACCUGUGGUCCCCUUCAUUCACGACGGACAGAAAGGGCGACCCCCCAAAGCCACUUCCAGAUCUUGCGACGGGAGCAGAGUUACCACAGAGACGCCCGUCCCAAGGCCCCGCGCAUCGGAAGUUUCAGUCCCCUAGAUUCUGGCUGACGACGCGUCCCCAAGGCAAGUUCUUCGCAGCAGCCGACCCGCCCCACUCCGGACACAGCGAGGUCUGAGGACCACGUUGAGACGUCAUUUCCGUCGUGAUCCGCGGCCGCUAUGGAAGGGGCGGAGCCGCAGCGGAGAGCGCUCAGCUUAGACGUCAUUUCCGGGGAGCCCAGCGGAGGCCACGGCAACAUGGCCCUGAACGGCGCUGAAGUUGACGACCUCUCCUGGGAACCCCCAACUGAGGCGGAGACGAAGGUGCUGCAGGCGCGACGGGAGCGGCAAGAUCGCAUCUCCCGGCUCAUGGGCGACUAUCUGCUGCGCGGUUACCGCAUGCUGGGAGAGACGUGCGCGGACUGCGGGACGAUCCUCCUCCAAGACAAACAGCGGAAAAUCUACUGCGUUGCUUGUCAAGAACUCGACUCAGAUGUGGAUAAAGAUAAUCCCGCUCUGAAUGCCCAGGCUGCCCUCUCCCAAGCUCGGGAGCACCAGCUGGCCUCAGCCUCAGAGCUCCCCUUGGGCUCUCGACCUGCGCCCCAGCCCCCAGUACCUCGUCCGGAGCACUGUGAGGGAGCCGCAGCAGGGCUCAAGUCAGCCCAGGGACCACCCCCUCCUGCUGUGCCUCCAAAUGCAGAUGUCAUGGCCUGCACACAGACAGCCCUCUUGCAGAAGCUGACUUGGGCCUCCGCUGAACUGGGCGCUAGCACCUCCGUGGAGACUAGCAUCCAGCUGUGUGGCCUUAUCCGGGCAUGUGCGGAGGCCCUGCGCAGCUUGCAGCAGCUGCAGCACUGAGAGUAGCCCCUGAGAAAAACCCUCUAGAAAAACA